GUCAUAAAACUCACCCAAAAGGAGCAAACCGAAGCCAUUUCCCCCAAAACCAUGAACUUCUCUGUCGGCGCCGGCGGUAGUGGAGGCGGCGGAGAGGCCGGCGGGAGGGAGCAGGCGCCGCGAUGGCUGGAGAUUGCGGAGAAGCUCCUCAACGCGCGCGACCUCGUCGGCUGCAAGCGCUUCGCCGACCGCGCGGUGGAGGCAGAUCCGCUCCUCCCCGGCGUCGACGAGCUCCUCGCCGUCGCUGACGUCCUCCUCGCCUCGCAGGCGAUGCUCAUCACCGGCGAACCUGACCCGUUCGCCGUCCUCCAGGUGCCCUCCAAAACCGCCGACCAAGCCACCAUAUCCCGCUCCUUCCGCCGCCUCGCGCUCCUCCUCCAAUCCAGCAAUCCCCAUCCUGGCGCGGACGUCGCCCUAGGCAUCGUCCACGAUGCCUACAACUUCCUCUCCGAUCCAGCACGCCGGCAACGCCUUUCCGCCUCUACCAACACCCCGCCUGAUGCUCCCGCUCAACCUGCAGCUGCCGCCGCUCCCGCGGCUGCGGCGGACUUCUGGACGGCGUGCCCGUUCUGCUGCUACGUCCACCAGUACCCGCGCGACCUGGUGGGCCGCGCGCUCAAGUGCCCAAACGAGUCUUGCCGCCGGGGAUUCGUGGCUGCUGAGAUCCCUACACCGCCCACCGUCGUGCCGGGCACCGAGAUGUACCACUGUGCUUGGGGGUUCUUCCCCCUGGGUUUCCCCAACGAAGCGGACCUGGGUGGCAACUGGAAGCCAUUUUACAAGGUCUUCCCUUGGAACAAUGCGCCAAGUGGUGGGGGCGCUACUAGUAGGAGCUAUGGUAACCGUGGUGGAGGCAGCAAUGACAGGCAGCCGCAGAAUGGGAGUGCUCGUGGCCGUGGUGGAUCAUCCAGAGGUAGGGUCAAGAAGACAACUGCCCGCAAGAAGGUUGGGGCAGGGCUCAGGAGGCGUUCUUUCGGUGGUGGUGUGGAGAGCGGCAUUGAUGAGUCGAUGCUUGGACAGGAUGGGUGGGCUGAGGACGGUGAAGGUGAACACCCGGAGGAGGUCAGAGGGAUUAACAUAAAUGAGGAGGCACAGGCUGCUGAUGGUACUAGCAGGGCAAAUGUCGCUGGAGGGGUUGAGGAUCUGGGCACCUUCCAUUUGGAUGUUGAUCCAACCGAAGAUAUAUUAGGGAAUCUGGGGAAUUUACACAACCUGCCGUUCUUGAGGGUGGAUAAUCUUGGGAGGAUGAUGUAGCCGUUGCCAGGGCUUGCUGUGGUGCUCAAGUAUUGUAUGAUUACUCGGUCGGAGCAGAUGUUUCAAGGACUACCCUUACCCUUCUUGUGUAGUUCUUGUUAUUGUACUAUUAUCUCAUCUUGUUGUAGUCACUUAGCUAGCAUUUGAGUCGUUCCGUUUAGGCUGGCUAGAAGUACUCUGUGUCUUUGUGGUGUCUCCAGAUUUGUCAGGAUAUGUACUGUCUUUGGCAGACAAACUUGGGAGUGUUUCUUGUGAUGAAAAUAAUGAUGCUUCAUAGACUAAGCCUUGCUUGAUC